AUGUUCAAACUUCUAAUCGACAAGUUCAACCCACAAGCCCAUCCGGACCCACAAAUCAAUGACGAGGCCCUGCCCCCCAAUGCGGUCCUACCGAUGAAUGGCCUGCCAACGCAAAAUACUGGCGACCCUUUGGCUCUCAUCCAGGAUUCGAUCGAUUCCGCUGUGGAGCGGCUCAAGGAAUCGGAGUUCGAUUAUGUCAAGAAUCGAUGGAAAGCAGAUAUUACAAACAUAGAAGACACCCUGGAGAGUGUCAACCAUCUACUCCGCAAAUCAACGUUGCCAACCAAUCGACACCGCCGCGAGGCAGCGCGAUUUUUCCGUGAACCGGUCAUCCAAUUCGCCAAAGUAACACUACCGAUCAUCAAACUAUCCAGGCUUUUUUUCGCCAAACUAACGAAGCGCGGAUUGAAUCAGGCACGGCUUCCAUUCUUGACAGAGAUUUCCUCUGGCCAACUCGAAUCUUUGGCUGAGGUGGCGGGAAGCGUGGAUGAAGAUCUCCUUCAACUCAUCCGGCGGUUGCGCCUCAUUGAUGUCCAUCUCGAAGCUGCUGCUCGUACUCGCGAACUCACCCCAAUAGCUAAAAAAGUUGUAUCCCGCUUUGAAUCUGCCAUAUUUCUUGUACUCUUGUAUCUUGUUCCUGUGAUCCCAGCCACCGGCAAUGUUGCAAGUCAAGAUUAUUUCAAGAGCUGGUUGGCUACAUGGAACCAUUCGAUGAUUCUAGCCCAUGAUAACUUGGAACGUGCUGCAAAAUUGUUGGCCAACCCUCCUGGAUAG